UGUGUUCCUGUGAAUCCAAAAAUAAAGAUGUUAGAAGGUGAAGGAACGUACUGCUAGUAAUGCUGAGGCACUUCAGGGAAUGAGUCAAAUCAUAUAUGAGGGGAAAUACCAGUGGGCAGGGCUCUGGAGAGAUGUUCAGGAGGAAGCUGCAGUGCUGUUCUCAGCUCUGCUCCUGGCCUGCUGCCACGUCACUUCUUUGUGCCCUCUUACACUUCCCACUCUUUGAAAUGGGACUGGCUCUUUAUGUGCUUGUACAGCACCUAACACAGGGAGGCUGUAAUUCUAAGGCUUUUGUGUUACACUGUAAUAGUAGCCUAAAUAAGUGGUUUUAUAGUCUGAUUUAUCAGGACUAGAAGCAGGACCCAUGUCCCCUUGCUUACUGGGGAAUGAUCCUGUCUCAUAGAAACACAGAACAGUAUGGCUGGAGGGAAGUCAUCUAGUCCAACCUACGCUGAAGGCAGGAUCAUCCAUGACUAAAGUCAUCUCAUGAACAGAGAGGUAGUUAGCAAUGUUCAUUUGAAGUCAGGCAUCUGAUCUUACAGAAGCUUAUCUCUGGUUUAGGUAGUCUAUAAGAUACAAAUCUAUCCUGUCUUCUGCUUAAAUCAUCUCAGCUAAGUGUCUUAACCAUGUCUCAUGGUAUAAAGCUCAAUGUCCUAGCCCAGCGUGUUACUAUAAAGGCAUCCUCAGUCCAGGAAUGAAUAAGGUGCAUAGCUUCCUGUCAGCUUUAUGAUGUUGUUACUUCCUCACGAACCAGCCAACUAAAGCCUGUAGCAAUUGUUCAACCCAUCUGUACGGAUUUGAAAGAGCAAAACUGUUUUUUGAGCAUUUGACCAACUGUAGUGUCUGGUUUCAAAACCUCCAACCACAUCUUACACCAGUGUUAGUGUGAGCAGGCUGGACUAUUUAUUUUAGGAAACAAAUAGCUCUGUCAUUUGCACAUACUCUUAUAGGCAGAUGACACCCCUCUAACCCACGUUCUUCAAAAGAAGAGAAAGCAGGAUGAAGAUCUCUUUGUUACUGUGGGGAGCCCUGGCACUUUUCUUGGGGGCCAUUCUUGCAGCAGGUUACGAGGAUGAGGAGUGGGAAGAGCAUGUCCUGGUCGAUAACAAAUGUCAAUGUGUCCGGGUGACCUCUAAGUUUGUCCCUUCCAAAGACAAUCCUCAGGAAGAAAUCUUGGAGAGAAACAUCCGUGUCAUAGUCCCACUGAAGAGCAGAAUGAACAUCUCUGACCCUACCUCUCCACUGAGAACCACUUUUGUCUACCGACUGUCUGAACUCUGCAAGAAAUGUGAUCCCACGGAAAUCGAGCUGGGUGGCCAGAUAGUUACUGCUCAGCAAAGCACCGACUGCAGCAAAUCAGAUACGUGCUAUACCUAUGACAGGAACAAGUGCUAUACCACAACCUUCCCAUUUGCCUAUGGUGGUCAGACCAAGAACAUUGAAGCUGCCCUCACACCAGCAUCCUGCUAUGCCGAUUAGAUCACUCCAGUGCUGUCAUGCUGCCUGUUGAAACUAUGCCCUUCCCCACAAAAAUACUUUUACAUUAGUGCCCUAUUAGCCAGAGAAACUGCGUCAGAAAUAUCAGGGUAAUGCAGCGCCUGUUCCUGACAGUUAAUGAUCUUCAUGAAAAAGGUUGCUGUCUUUCCAUGGUACUUGUUGGUGAUAAAAGAUUCUUGUGUUACUUCCCUGGCCACUUGUUUCAAAAUGAAUAAUUAAACCAAUUAUACUUUGGGAGCAAACUCCCACACUGUGGGCCAGAUGCUCAGCUGGUAUAAAUCAGCAAGAUUCCACUCCCAUGCAGUGGAUCUAUACCAAUUUAUGCCAGUCGAGGAUCUGGCUAUAACAUCAUUUGAUCCCUUGUUAAGCAAAACUGUCAAAGAAGUCAAUGGGACUUUUGCUACAAUAGGGGAUGCAGGACUUGGCCUUCUCAGUGCAUAGGAACAGUGUAUCCAAGGCAGCAGGCAAGUGUUCAUAUUCAGAUUUCUCCCCUCUCUUUUCCAAAGCAAUUUUUCCAGUAUCUUAGUUAUAUUAACUUAGAGAAGACCUUUAGCUCAGAGUUAAUGCUACUACACAUAAACUCUAGACCAGUGCAUAAUUUGAAGUAGCCUCUUUUUUGUAUUCCUUUGGAAAACCCCAAAUGAUUUUACAUAAUCUAAAAUAAUCCUUUGCAAACUUUAACCAACAGUAUAUUAUAUUACAGUUUAAUUUUCAAAGUUAGCAGAUUUGGUACUAUCAUAAACCAAAUGAUAUCCCACUAUAAGUUAGGAGGGAAAGCAGUAGAGUGGAGCUUGCAAAGACAGGCAGAUUUGAAUAUCUAAUUUUAAUUAAGUUUUAAUGAGUGUCCCAGUCCUUUAUGCAGCUUUGAAAAAAUCACAUCUUUAAUAUAUCCUGACCUGUUUAAAGAAGAUUGAGUAUGCUGCAGCUCUUAAGUAUUUUCAGAUAAUGCCAAAACACCCAAUAUUAUAGGAAAGAUUAAUUAAUUUUGACUUAUUUUAGAGAUCAAGCUACCAACCAACGGUAUUUCACUAUUGUGAAAUUAUCAGUACUUGAUCAAUAUUAAUGUUUUUCUCAAUUGACUUGUCCCUGUAGAGAACAAAUUAUUUUUCAGUUUGAACAAAUAUCUGUGUCCUGAUACCUCCAUGGACAGAUUUCUGGGGCUGAAUGGAUCUGAUGGCAAAAGCUGGGUGCUCAUUAGGGGUUUAUUCCAAUCUUCCACAUCCCUUUCUUUUCUCUUGUUUCUACAUGGAACUUCCCCAAAGAGGCUGAUAUUGUAUUGUACAUUACAGUGAAUGUGUUAUACCUGGUAUUGUCAUUAGACAAUCAUGUAUGCAAGUGCAUAAACUGUACAGCAUUACAUUAAGCCAGGCUGGUACAUUCCUCACUGUUUUAAAAUUUGGUUGCAGGUCCCUAUGCUAUCUUUCAGUUUAAUUUGUGUUGCAAUAAAAAUAAGGCAAGAGCUAUUUACCUGAAGCUUCAACUUUGUUAGCAAAACAUAAGAUAUUAAAUAGAUUUUUUCUCUUGCA